AUGGCAUCUUCCCGAAUCAUCUCCCACUCUCAACCCAAUCUCCACCGUCACUCUCCCCUCUUUGACUCAACCAAACCUCUCCCCUCCCUCAAUCUCAGCCUUCUCCCUAAACGACACCGUAACCUCCGCAUUCGCGCUUCCCUCCGCGGCCACAGGGUUAGCGACGUCUCAAACGACGCCGUUGAAUUGCAAACUAGCGCCGUCUCAAACGACGUCGUUUCCAAAGAUCCGCCCUCUCUUCCUCGACCUUUGUCUUCGAAUCAGUUAUCUAUUGCUGUUUCCGAUGGUUCGGGGCUUCGUGUUGCGUAUCAGGGGGUUCAAGGUGCUUAUAGUGAAUCUGCUGCUCAAAAAGCUUACCCUAAUUGUGAAGCUGUGCCCUGUGAGCAAUUUGACACCGCUUUUGAAUCUGUUGAAAGGUGGCUUGUGGACAGAGCAGUUUUGCCAAUUGAGAAUUCUUUAGGAGGGAGCAUCCAUAGGAAUUAUGAUCUUUUACUCAGGCACAGGCUACAUAUUGUAGGAGAAGUAAAAUAUGCAGUCCAUCACUGUUUGAUGGCCAACCAUGGUAUUAGACUUGAGAAUUUGAAGCGCGUUCUUAGUCAUCCUCAGGCUCUUGCACAAUGUGAGAACACCUUGACAAAAUUGGGCUUAGUCAGAGAAGCAGUUGAUGAUACAGCCGGUGCUGCAAAGCAUGUUGCUUUCCAUAAACUACAAGAUGCAGGAGCUGUUGCUAGCUCAGCUGCCGCCAAGAUCUAUGGCUUAAAUAUACUUGCUCAAGACAUCCAGGACGAUAGUGAUAAUAUCACUCGGUUUUUAGUGUUGGCGCGAGAGCCUAUACUUCCAGGCAAUGACAAGCCAUUUAAGACAAGCAUAGUUUUCUCUUUAGAAGAGGGGCCUGGGAUGCUUUUCAAGGCCCUUGCUGUUUUUGCGCUGCGUCAAAUUAAUCUUUCAAAGAUUGAAAGCCGUCCUUUGCGGAAGCAACCUCUUAGAACAUCUGAUGAUAACAACAAUAGGUAUCCCAAGUACUUUGAUUAUAUUUUCUAUAUUGACUUUGAAGCAUCAAUGGCUGAUCAGAAUGCACAAAAUGCCUUAAGGCAUCUAAUGGAGUUUGCUACAUUCUUGCGGGUGCUGGGGAGUUAUCCUAUGGACACUAGCACGGCGUAA